UUGUCUUUCUCAUGCAUCAUCCUUAUUCCAUCCUUGUUUUACAAGUUAUGGAACAAAACAUCUUAAUCAGCUUAUGUAUCUUCUGUGUUUUUCAGUCAGCGAUGGCUUUCAACAUUGAUCCUAUUACGUGGAGAGAUUUCCCUGAUCCAUCAAAGAGCCAAAAUACUGCUUUUGGCUACAAGAUAAUACAAAGCAAAUCAAGUCUGCUUGUGAGUGAUCCAUUCAUUCAAAUCACUAAAAAUGAAAGAGGGCGGAUUUAUGGCUGUCCGGUCAGAAAAGACAUUGUGGCACACCCCUGUUCACCACUUGCCAUUGAGGUUCCCUCUGAAGCAGUCAACAUGUCUCUUGGACUUUCCAUGACUCAAGAUCCAUACUCUUCAAGAUUGGCAAUUUGUGGUCCAACCAUUCCAAAUAAAUGUGAAAAUGUUACUACCUACAAUGGCAUGUGCUUUAUUUUUGAAAGCAGCAUGACUGUACCAAACAUUGAAAAAACUGUACAAAGUCCUUUGAAAGCCUGCCCAGGUCAGAUUGAUGUAGCAUUUUUACUGGAUGGCUCUGGUAGUGUAGGCUCUAAAAACUUUGAAACAAUGAAAGGUUUUGUGGCAAACAUGAUUAAGCGUUUUAUUGAGCGGGAUGCACAGUUUGCCAUUGCACAGUACUCCAAAGAUUGUGAGAUUCAUUACAACUUUAAUCAACUCAACACUCAAGACAGUAUGUGGGAAAGAAAGGUGUUAAAUAUACCUUACCAAUCCGGAGGUGCUACUUACACUGCAGGGGCUAUCAAAACAGUUGUGAGACAAUUAUUUACAGAAACUGCAGGAGCAAGACCAUCAGCAGUUAAACUCUUAGUUGUUAUUACUGAUGGACAGUCACAUGACAAAUCUGAACUGCCAAAUGCAUCUUUAGAAGCACAGAGAAAGAACAUCAUACGCUUUGCGAUUGGGGUUGGCAGUGCUUUCAACAGUUAUAAUGCAAGAGAGGAGUUGAAGACAAUUGCUACUGAUCCAAAUUCUGGUGUGUUUAGAGUGACAGACUUUAAUGCAUUAAAUUACAUUCGUAAAAGCCUGGAAGAUUAUAUUAUUGCCAUUGAAGGAAACAAAACAACUGAUGAUUCCUCCAGAUUGGAGUUUAAACAGGAUGGAUUCAGCACAGCUUUCACAUCAUAUCAAAGUGUGUUAUUAAAUGCUGUAGGAGCUAAUCAGUGGAAAGGUGGCUAUGAAGAAUAUAAUUCAAAUACUAGCUUUCAAGUAGGCAGUGAGCAUGAAAGCUAUCUAGGUUAUUCAAUGGCUAUAGCAACAGUGUCAGGAAUCAACUACGCAAUUCUGGGAGCCCCAAGACACGAGAAUAAAGGACAAGUUGUUGUUUCAAACGUAAACGCCAUUCAAAAAGACAAACUGACGCUGGAUUCUCCAAAGCCUCAGAAUGGGUCAUAUUUUGGAGCUGAAGUGUGUGUGGUGGAUCUGGACUCUGACAGCAAUACAGAUCUUUUGUUGGUAUCGGCACCAACAUACACAGAGGGUGACAGAGAAGGCAACGUGUUUGUAUACGUUUAUUCACGUCGGCAACUCUUCACUUUUUCGGAAAUGGUGCUUGUGGGCAUGGCAGGGCAGAGGGGGAGAUUUGGUGCGUCGCUGGCCAGUCCAGCAGAUCUGAAUAGUGAUGGUUUCAAUGAUUUAGUGAUUGGAGCUCCUUUAGAAGAUGAUGGACAAGGCAGCAUCUACAUCUUUAAUGGAAAGCCCAGAGGAAUCAUUUCAACAUACUCACAGAGGAUUAGUGGAUCAUCAGUUCGAUCAGGUCUGAAGUUUUUUGGGAUUUCACUAAGCCAGUCCUCUCUAGACCAGAGUGAAGACAACCUAGUUGACAUUGCUGUUGGAUCAAUGGGAACAGUGCAUCUUCUCAGGUCCAGACCCAUCAUGAGCUUGGAAACCGAAGUAUCUUACAAUCCAUCCCAAAUCCCAACCAGUGACAAUACAGAUUGCACAAAGCCAUUGAAUAACACGCUGACAUUGUGUCUGAAAAUGAGUGGAUAUAAACAUAAUAUAACAGAUUUGUUUGCAAUUAUUACAUACACAAUAACACUGGAUGCCAAACGACAGAAAUAUCGAGCAUACUUCCCAAACAAAAAUCCUACCCUCAUAGAUAAGAUGAACAUUAAAUGCAAUGUGAAACAGUGCAACAGUUAUUCUUUCUUUAUAGAGCGUUUUUCAGAAGAUGCUCUGAACCCACUGUCCAAUCAGAUAAUUUUCACAUUUGAGGGGGUUCCAUCCACCAGUGGAGCUACAAAAGACUUAAAACCAGUACUUCUGCCUGAGAUGAAUAACAGAGCAGAUAGCAAUAUUAUUACCCAAGUGGAGGUGUAUGAGGAGGCAAACCUCACUAAAAAGGUCACAAUAGGAGUCACGGGGGGGUCACAGGAGGACUAAUGCUACUUGGCCUCAUCACAGUGGCUCUCUCUAACCUGGGUUCUUCAAAAGCCAAUACAAGCUGGAGGAAACAUAUGGAGGUGCAGGAGGCGAGGCAGCACAUGAAUAUGCAAUUCACCUCCUACAAAAAUAUGUACAAUGAGUUAUCAUUUAUAUGAUGAGGUGUAUUCUAACAUAAAUAUAUUUUGUAAGCAUAUAUUGCUUGUUUUGUGUUUGAUAUUCUUGUAUCUAACCACUAAGUGUAACAAUAUAGUUUGGCUGAUUUAGGAAUCUUGUGCAAGGAUUUGUAAAAUACCUUAAUACAAGUAUUGUAGUGCUAGCUAGUUUAGUGGUUUUGCAUAAUGUGGAAGAUUAUCCUUUGUUU